AUGCUGUCGAGACAAGUCCUCCGCGCCUUCCGUGCGUCAGCCCCGGUCGCCAGGCCCCUCGCCGCUCGCCGCACCUACGCUGCCGCCGCGUCCUCGUCCGAGAUCGUCACGCCCCCCAUCUCCGUCUUCGGUAUCGACGGCACCUACGCCACUGCCCUGUACACCGCGGCCGUCAAGACGUCGUCCAUCGACCCUACCGCCAAGGCCCUGACGCAGCUCCAGGCCAUCCUCAAGAAGGACGAGAAGCUCAUCGCCAUCCUCGACGCUCCCACCCUCAGCGCCGACGACAAGUCGGCCAUUGUCGCCGAGCUCAAGAAGCAGGCCGGCGGUGCCAACGACACCGUCAGCAACUUCCUCGCCGCCCUCGCCGAGAACAACCGCCUCGGCAUCCUGCCCGGCGUCUGCGAGAAGUUCGCCGAGCUCAUCGCCGCCGCCAAGGGCGAGGUCGAGCUGAUUGUCACCUCUGCUCAGGUCAACCCCGAGAUUGUCGGCGGUCUCAUCGUCGAGGUCGGCGACCGCACCAUCGAUCUCAGCGUCUCCUCCAAGAUCGCCAAGAUGAACAAGCUCCUCACGGACAACCUGUAA